UCGGUUAAAGGUGCAUCUCUAACACCCGAAGAUUUUCUUGUACCCGUCAUAAUAAUUUUACAGGAAAAAAUGGAGAAUAUCCCACGGACGCAUGAGGAUAUUGAGGCACAGAUCAGCGUUAUACAGGAGAAGAAGACCGAGUUGGCCAAGAGCACUGCCGCGUCUGCCGGAGUAGGAUUGCUGGAUAGCGGUGGCUUCUUUGACAGCGACUUGUAUGACGAGGAGGCGGGGAAGGGGAAGGGAAAGUAUGAAGGCUACAAUACCUCAAUUGCCGCCAACGACGCCGAUGAUGCCGACGAAGACGAGGAUAGUGGCUUUCCAGUACCCCAGAAGCGGACUACUUAUACGGCACCCACAUCUGUGCUGAAGGAUGUGACCCAAGGCAAGGAGGAUGUGGAUCCAUUGGCGGAUCGCCGCCGUCCGACCAUCGCAGAUCGCGAGGAUGAGUACCGUCAGAAGCGCCGCCGCAUUAUUAUUUCCCCGGAACGAGCAGAUCCCUUUGCUGAUGGAGGUAAGACGCCGGACGUUGGCUCCCGUACCUACACGGACAUUAUGCGGGAGCAAAUGCUCAAGGGCGAGGAGACGGAGCUACGACGCAAGAUUCUUGAAAAGUCCAAGGAGGGUACUCUGGUUAAGACCUCCUCUUCCAAUGGAGAGUCUGCCCCAUCGAAGGAAGGAGGACGAAAACGUGGUCGGUGGGACCAGACAGUUAGCGACAGUUUCGUGCCCGCCAAGGUGGCGGCCACCCCCAGUAGCGCAGCUACACCCACUUGGGAGGAUAAAACUCCUGGAGAUCAUCGGUGGGACGAGACGCCAGGGCACAAGGGCAGCGAAACACCGGGAGCCACACCGGGACUCAGCACACGCAUCUGGGACGCCACACCGGCGCAUGCCAUGACUCCUGGCCAUGAGACCCCAGGACACGAGAAGUCGGCCCGCCGAAAUCGGUGGGAUGAAACACCCAAGACGGAGCGAGAGACUCCAGGUCACAGCGGAUGGGCCGAGACCCCAAAACCCGAUCGCACAGGCAGCGGAGCUGGGAGCGAGAGCAUUUCCAUUGAGUCCACUCCGGGCGCCUCGAAGCGUCGGUCUCGCUGGGAUGAAACGCCCUCGAACGCCACGCCCGCGAUCACUCCAACUAAUGCUAACGCAAUGACACCAAGCUUGACGCCCAGUAUGACUCCGCACGCCACACCGGGGCAUGCCACCCCAAUGUUGACGCCAGGCGGCAGCACACCUGUCGGUGUGAAGGCAAUGGCCAUGGCCACGCCCACGCCAGGAGCGCUGGCUGCUAUGACGCCGGAGCAGCUACAAGCGUAUCGGUGGGAAAAGGAAAUCGACGAGAGAAACAGGCCGUACACCGACGAGGAACUCGACCAAAUAUUUCCUCCGGGAUACAAGAUUUUGCCGCCGCCUGCUGGAUACGUGCCGCUUCGAACUCCGGGCAGGAAACUGAUGGCUACUCCCACGCCCAUUGCCGGCACUCCCGCCGGCUUCUUCAUCCAGGUGGAGGACAAGAACGCCAAGUUCAUGGACAACCAACCCAAGGGGCAAAACCUCCCGUUUAUGAAGCCCGAGGACGCGCAGUAUUUCGACAAGCUGUUGGUGGAUGUGAAUGAGGACGCCCUUUCGCCCGAGGAGCUGAAGGAACGAAAGAUUAUGAAGCUGCUGCUCACAAUCAAGAACGGGUCUCCGCCGAUGAGGAAAUCCGCAUUGCGACAGAUCACGGACAAGGCCAGGGAGUUCGGAGCCGGCCCUUUGUUCAAUCAGAUUCUACCGCUACUCAUGUCCCCAACUUUGGAGGACCAGGAGCGCCAUUUGCUCGUGAAGGUGAUAGACCGUGUCUUGUACAAGUUGGACGAUUUGGUGCGUCCCUAUGUCCACAAAAUCCUGGUGGUUAUUGAACCGCUCCUGAUUGACGAGGACCACUACGCCAGAAUCGAGGGAAGGGAAAUCAUUUCCAACUUGGCCAAGGCGGCCGGACUGGCCACCAUGAUCUCCACCAUGAGGCCAGACAUUGACAACAUAGACGAGUACGUUCGAAACACCACAGCUCGAGCCUUUGCCGUCGUAGCAUCGGCCCUGGGAAUCCCAUCUCUGUUGCCUUUCCUGAAGGCAGUGUGCAAGUCGAAGAAGUCCUGGCAGGCUCGCCACACCGGCAUCAAGAUUGUCCAGCAGAUCGCCAUUCUGAUGGGCUGCGCCAUUCUCCCGCACCUCAAAGCCCUGGUGGAGAUUAUCGAGCACGGACUUGUGGACGAGCAGCAGAAGGUGCGCACGAUCACAGCCCUGGCCAUUGCCGCCCUCGCAGAGGCAGCUACCCCGUAUGGUAUCGAGUCCUUUGACUCUGUUCUGAAGCCCUUGUGGAAGGGUAUUCGAACCCAUCGAGGCAAGGGCUUGGCGGCCUUCCUGAAGGCUAUCGGUUACUUGAUUCCCCUUAUGGAUGCCGAGUACGCCAACUACUAUACUAGGGAAGUGAUGCUGAUCCUGAUCCGAGAGUUCCAGUCGCCCGACGAGGAAAUGAAGAAGAUUGUGCUGAAGGUGGUGAAGCAGUGCUGUGCCACCGACGGUGUGGAGCCGCAGUACAUCAAGGAGGAGAUCCUGCCGCACUUCUUCAAAUUCUUCUGGAACCACCGCAUGGCUCUGGACAGGCGCAACUACCGUCAGCUGGUGGACACCACUGUGGAGAUAGCCAACAAGGUGGGCGCAUCCGAGAUCAUCAAUCGCGUAGUGGACGACCUCAAGGAUGAGAACGAGCAGUACCGCAAAAUGGUGAUGGAGACGGUGGAGAAAAUCAUGGGCAAUUUGGGAGCGGCCGACAUCGACUCCCGACUAGAGGAGCAGCUCAUCGACGGCAUCUUGUACGCCUUCCAGGAACAGACCACGGAGGACGUGGUGAUGCUGAAUGGCUUCGGCACAAUAGUCAACCAACUGGGCAAGCGCGUGAAGCCCUACUUGCCCCAGAUCUGCGGCACAAUUCUCUGGAGAUUGAACAACAAAUCCGCAAAGGUGCGUCAGCAGGCGGCGGACCUGAUUUCUCGCAUCGCCGUGGUGAUGAAAACGUGUCAGGAGGAGAAGCUGAUGGGCCAUCUGGGCGUCGUCCUCUACGAAUACUUGGGCGAGGAAUACCCCGAGGUGCUGGGCAGUAUUCUGGGAGCCCUCAAGGCCAUUGUGAACGUGAUUGGCAUGACAAAGAUGACGCCUCCCAUCAAGGAUCUCUUGCCCAGACUCACGCCUAUCUUGAAGAAUCGGCACGAAAAGGUGCAGGAGAACUGCAUCGAUCUUGUGGGAAGAAUCGCUGAUCGAGGUCCUGAGUACGUCUCGGCUCGGGAGUGGAUGAGGAUCUGUUUCGAGCUCCUGGAGCUGCUCAAGGCCCAUAAGAAGGCCAUCCGGAGAGCCACGGUAAACACCUUCGGCUACAUAGCAAAGGCCAUUGGUCCCCAUGAUGUCCUGGCCACCCUCCUGAACAAUCUGAAGGUCCAGGAACGCCAGAACCGCGUCUGCACCACAGUGGCGAUCGCCAUUGUGGCCGAAACGUGUCGUCCGUUCACCGUGCUCCCUGCCCUCAUGAACGAGUACAGAGUGCCCGAGCUGAAUGUGCAGAAUGGCGUUCUGAAGUCGCUCUCCUUUCUCUUCGAGUACAUUGGCGAAAUGGGCAAGGACUACAUUUACGCCGUGUGCCCUCUGCUGGAGGACGCCCUCAUGGAUCGCGAUCUCGUGCACCGGCAAACCGCCUGCUCAGCCAUAAAGCACAUGUCCUUGGGCGUCUACGGGUUCGGCUGCGAGGAUGCCCUCACGCAUCUGCUGAACUACGUGUGGCCGAACAUCUUCGAGACCUCCCCGCAUCUGGUGCAGGCGUUCAUGGACUCCGUGGACGGGCUGAGGGUGUCUCUGGGACCCAUCAAAAUCCUGCAGUACACACUCCAGGGCCUGUUUCACCCCGCCCGAAAGGUGCGCGAUGUCUACUGGAAGAUAUACAAUUCGCUGUACAUCGGAGGUCAGGAUGCCCUGAUCGCGGGCUAUCCGAGGAUUACGAACGACCCAAAGAACCAAUACGAGCGCUACGAAAUGGACUACUCGCUUUAAAAAGUAACACAGCAUAAUUAUAAAAGCUAAAAUAAAGUCUCUCUAGCAUGAGAUGGAAACACAAA